UGUCACUGUAGGGAGAAAAGAGGGAGUUUCUUCCGACCUCAAGCCUCGUCUUCCGCCGCGCUGUUUGUUGUUCUCUUACAAACAUUGGAUUACAGAGACAAAAGAAUUCAGAUCGAAACCUGUUCUUUUGUCAUUUUUAUAACAAUCUUUGGAGUUUUCGAGUUUUUGAUUUAAUCCGGCCAAUUCUGAGGAUAAGGUUGCAGAAUUAAACUCCAUUAUCGUUUUGCUCAAGCACUCUUCGAACUGAUCUUCUGAAUUUUGUUGUGGUGAAGAAUUGUUUUCUCCAUAAUUUGAUGAUCGGAAGUGAUUUUGUUCAAGAAACAAUCAGAAUUCAGGAAUCGCGCGAAAAGCAAGUACCGAAUGCGAGUAUAAGAAAACCUAGGUUUGUCGUGAAGAGACUGAGUUCGUUUCGUCUUGGAGAUCUUCAGCAGCCGGAGAGUUGCUCCAGAUAAUUGUUAUUUUGGCUGAUUUCCAUGCCUGGUGUGGAUCUAAGAAUUAAUUCAAGAAAUUCCACUCUCUUUUUCGCUCCGGAAUCCAACAAUCGAGCUCUGAAUUUCCUGGAGCAGUUCCAUUUCCGAAGCGAUACAAAUCAAAAUUCCGUGAGAAUUCAUCUUCCUGUUGUGGAAGUUCAACUCCAAAAUUGGCAAAAAUUCCGAUGGAACUUCCUCAACCCCGUCCGUUUGGAGCCGAAGGAAGCAAAUCAACACAUGACUUCCUCUCACUGUACACCCAUUCAAGUCCACAGCUAGAUCCAAGACCAUCUCAACAAGGUGGUUAUCUUAAAACACACGAUUUCCUGCAACCACAAGAGCGCAUAAGGAAGGGCAGUACCAAGGAAGAGGCGGAUGUGGAGACGCCACCGCCACCAGCACCGCCUCCUUCCGUCGAGCAUGUUCUUCCCGGAGGAAUCGGGACUUACAGUAUAAGUCACGUUUCGUAUUUAGAUCAGAGGGUUCUGCCAAAGCCGGAAGGGUCAGUUUUCACUGGUGCUCGAUCGAGUAGCAGCGCCGAGAGAAAUGAUGAAAACUCCAACGGAAGUUCUUUCGCGGCGGGCGGAAGUGGAUUCACUCUUUGGGAAGAAUGUGCAUCAAAAAAGGGAAAGACAGGGAAGGAGAAUAUUGUGGGAGAUAGACCCCAUGAACCUCGGGCGAGCGCGAGCCAAUGGACGGCGUCCGUGGACCGGCCGUCGCAAUCCUCUUCCAACAACCAUCACAACGCUUUCUGUUGUCUCUCAUCCUCUCAGCCGACAGGAACGAAGAACCCAACCUUCAUGGAGAUGCUCAAGUCGGCCAAGAGUACCUCUCAGGACGAGGAACUUGACGACGAUGGUGACUUUGUCAUCAAGAAAGAGACCUCUACCGCCAAUAAGGGAGGAUUGAGGAUUAAAGUUGAUGGGAACAGCUCUGAUCAAAAGGCGAACACUCCUAGAUCAAAGCACUCUGCUACUGAACAGCGAAGAAGAAGCAAGAUAAACGACAGAUUUCAAAUGCUUAGAGGCCUCAUUCCUCAUAGUGACCAAAAGAGGGACAAGGCAUCUUUCUUAUUAGAGGUAGUCGAUUACAUUCAGUUCUUACAAGAAAAGGUCCAAAAGUACGAAGGUUCAUACCAAGAAUGGAAUCGUGAAAUGGCAAAACUGGUGCCCUUGAGAAACAACCAACGGAGUGCAGAUGUUUAUAACGAUCAAUCUCGAGGGAUGAGUAGUGGUUCUGUUCCUGCACUAGUUUUAGCAGCAAAGUUCGUUGAGAAAAAUACUCCGUUAUCUCCAAUUGUUCCUGGGAGUUCACAUAAUGUGGUAGAUUCUGACACAGGUUCUGCUUCUACCUUGAAAGCAGUCGAUCGCCAUUCUGGAAGAACAAGUAAUGCAUUGCCGUUUCCCACGAUAGUGCCGCCAAAACUCUAUGCAUCUACACGGGAUGGAAGUGUAGUGCCUCAACACCCAAAGCAAUUUGCAUCUGAAACGGAUCAUCCCUCAUUACGUCCCCAAAUCCGGUCAUGUGAGGCCAGAUGCCACAAUAGCGAUGUUGCUGUUGCAAGUGAAAUGCAGAAAGAACAAGAUUUGACCAUUGAAGGGGGCACCAUUAACAUCUCAAGUGUAUAUUCUCAAGGGUUAUUAAAUACUCUCACCCACGCGUUACAGAGUUCUGGAGUGGAUCUAUCGCAGGCCAGGAUCUCUGUGCAAAUAGAACUCGGUAAGCGGGCAACUAGGAGAGCCGUAUCUCCAACAUCUAUUGAUAAGGAUGUCGAUAUUCCCAUAAACGAUAUGGCAACCACGCACUCUAGAGCUUCAGCGACAGAGGAUUCUGAGAGAACCACAAAGAAGCUCAAGACUGCCGAAAGCUAGUGUGAGAAUUCCAGUCUUUUCGUGAUCGUUCAUAAUUUGUUCAUUUUUUAGGGGCGACUCUUUCCUUUUUUGGGGGUUCCCAUGCGUCUGCCACUGGUUUCAAAACCACACAAUUAUCCAAAAUUUAUGUCCAGCUUAAUUCAUUUUUCUAGGGAUACCUACCCUACACAAUGGUAUGUAACAUUAUCCAAAAUUCUUCUUUCUAUUGUCAUAAUUAAGGCUUCCACCAUAACAUUGAGAAGCCGCUUUUUCUUUUUCUAUGUAAAUUAUAAUUGCAUUUUUAUGGAAAGCCUUCUCCUUCA